AUGGUCUAUGCGUGGGUGCGUGGGCCAUCUCUGGUCUUCCUGUGUGCUGAGCUGACUGUGUGCGGGUGUGAGUGUGCCUCCCGCUUCUUUUCGUUGAAUGGAGCUCAUGAUUCCUUCGUCACAGCAAGGUGCUUCUCACUUGAUGCCUUUGGAUUGUUUUUGUUUCCGUUUUUCUUUUCCCUCGCUUCCUUUUUGUUUUUCCUCAUGCGUGUGUGCGCGUCAUGGCGGUGUGCAGGCUCGUAUUCCUUCACUUCCGUUGGAAUUACGCGCUGCCGUCUCCUUUGUCUGUGGGUCGUGUCGGUGGUGGGUUGUUUCCCGUCACUCCUGUUUUACCCCUCCGAUGUCCGGUCUUUUCCCCUUUUUCCUCAGCGGGAUACUCAUAUAUAUUUGCAUAAGAAGACAUGUGUCGCCCGCACGCGACAAGAGCAGGAAAAUGGGGAGAAAGAAAGCAGUGCCCUCAAAAGCAGGAAGAUGCGUUGUUCCGAGAGGUGA